GCAGACAAAAGUUGUAACUUUCUGCAAUCGGCUUUCAAAUGUGAAAAAGUUAUAGUAUACUUUAGCAUAUAUCAUCCCUAAAUUAUGGUUUCCUACUUUUUUAUUGGUCUUCUCGAUACGUCGACUUACAAUCUUUGACUCCUAAACUCCUUUUAAUUUAUUUGAUUGACAAAGAAAAGAUCUGAAAAAGAACAAAAAGAUGGUUUAUUUUCGUCAGAUUUUUCUCAUGAUCAUUGUAGUUUCGUUACACUGCUGCAAAGUUAGAUUCUUUUGCAUUGUUGCUGAAGCUAAAGAGCUUGAUGAUUGGAAGGUGUUAACGGUGGUAAACGGUGAGAGGUACCGAACCCAAGUCGGAAAAUACGCCGGAGAAGACGGAGGCGAGAAGAUAAAGCUUCGAGUUUUGGAAAAGUUUCGAGCUUUACUCGAUUUGAUAAAACCUUCUACUUCCCGGAGAAGAAAUCUCGCCAAGGCUGCUUCUUUCUCUCCUUGGCCGGCGCCGUCUCCGUCUCCGUUUCCCAGCGGUGGUCCAAUCGAGUCUCCGGCGUAUCCUCCAGCUCCUCCACGGCCGAUUCCUCCACAUCUCCGUCGUCCGUUACCUCAACGGACCCAUCCAUUGAAAGAACCCGAGAUUCAAAGGGGAAAACACGAGAAAGGAGGAACACUUAAGAAGAUUCUUGUACCUGUCGUUGCUUCUACAGCUUCUGGAAUCGGUUUCGUGGUUUGUGUCGUUGGAGUGUUCUGUUUCUGCGCGAGAAGAAAACGGAAGAAGAACGGUAAAACGCUGUCGUUUAAAAGGAAAAAGGGCAAAUCUCAAAGCUCGACGAGGAAGGUUAGUGUAAAUCCUACUCUCGAUUUCUUGUACCUAAAUUCACUGGGAGUUGAUUUGGAGAGACAAAACUCUGUUUCUGUUAAAGAAAUACGAGAAACCGAGAAGGAUUUUAACGAUAAUAAUAGUCGAUUGCUUGAAGAAGAGGUAAAGAGAAGUAUAGAAACAGAGAUUUCGCAAGAUUGGGACAAUGCUAGUAGUUAUUCAACCAAAGAGAUUGUGUCGGUGCACGAAAAUGAUGAUGAACAAACAGUAAACUCUGUUUCUGCUCCUGUUGUUGUAAUCAAUGGAUGCAAUGAUUCUUCAGACGAUGAUGAGUCUUUUCAUUCCGUUGGUGGUGGCUCUCAGUAUUCAAAUCCAAGAUUGUCAAAUGCUUCUUCUGCUUCUGGUAGUGUUAACGUUGGAUCCUCUCAACGCUUCUCAGAACACAAAUUGGAUAUUCCUGAAUGUUCCAGAAACGAUUUCGGAGUCUCUGCUCCACCACCACCACCUCCACCGCCUCCACCUCUUCCGCAAUUCUCAAACAAACGUCUUCACACUCUGUCUUCGCCAGAAACCACUAAUCUACAGACGCUUUCGUCGCAAUUAUGUGAAAAACUUUGUGCUUCUUCCUCGAAGACAAGCUUUCCGAUCAAUGUACCAAAUUCUCAACCGUGUCCACCCCCACCACCGCCGCUACCGCCACAACAGCUUAAAUUAGCUGGAAUGAACAAAACGCCCCCACCGCCAUUGUCUCUUGAUUUUUCUGAGCGUAGACCAUUAGGCAAAGACGGAGCUCCAUUGCCUAAACUGAAGCCACUUCACUGGGAUAAAGUCAGGGCUACACCAGACCGGACUAUGGUUUGGGAUAAGCUCAGAACAAGCUCUUUCGAAUUAGACGAAGAGAUGAUUGAGUCACUGUUUGGAUAUACGAUGCAAAGCUCAACGAAGAAUGAGGAAGGGAAGAGCAAAACUCCAUCACCAGGGAAACACCUUCUUGAACCUAAGAGACUUCAGAACUUUACUAUUCUCUUGAAAGCUCUCAACGCAACCGCGGACCAAAUCUGCUCUGCCUUGGGGAAAGGGGAAGGCUUGUGUUUACAGCAACUAGAAGCGUUGGUGAAGAUGGUGCCGACUAAAGAAGAAGAGUUGAAGCUGUGUAGCUACAAAGGAGCCGUGGAUGAGCUUGGCUCAGCUGAGAAAUUUCUCAGAGCUCUUGUUGGAGUUCCAUUUGCGUUUCAGAGAGCUGAAGCAAUGCUUUAUAGAGAAACGUUUGAAGAUGAAGUGGUUCAUCUCAGAAACUCCUUCUCCAUGCUUGAGGAAGCUUGCAAGGAGCUUAAGUCAAGCAGGUUAUUUUUGAAGCUUUUAGAAGCUGUUCUUAAGACUGGAAACAGGAUGAAUGUAGGAACCAUACGUGGUGGUGCAAAAGCCUUCAAGCUCGAUGCUCUGCUCAAGCUCUCUGAUGUAAAGGGCACAGAUGGAAAGACCACUCUGCUUCAUUUUGUUGUGCAAGAGAUCUCUAGGUCUGAAGGAAUCAGGGUUUCAGACAGCAUCAUGGGACGGAUCAUGAACCAGAGAUCAAACAAGAACAGAACACCUGAGGAGAAAGAGGAAGAUUACAGAAGGAUGGGGCUCGAUCUCGUUUCGGGUCUAAACACAGAGCUAAGAAACGUGAAGAAGACGGCAACUAUUGAUCUGGAAGGUCUUGUUAGCUCGGUGUCUAACCUGAGAGACGGGUUGGGGCAAUUGAGGUGUCUAGUGAGUGAGAAGCUGAAAGGGGACGAGGAAAACAGAGCAUUUGUUAGUUCGAUGAGCUCGUUCUUGAGAUACGGAGAGAAGAGCUUGGAGGAGUUAAGGGAAGACGAGAAGAGGAUAAUGGAGAGGGUUGGAGAGAUUGCAGAGUAUUUUCAUGGAGAUGUGAGAGGAGAUGAGAAGAACCCAUUGAGGAUCUUUGUGAUUGUAAGGGAUUUUCUGGGGAUGUUGGAUCAUGUUUGUAGAGAAUUGAGGUGUGUUAGGGUUCCUAAUAGCCCUAGCCCUUUGGCUCCGUUUCGGUGAGCAAUGUUGACUAUGAACAGAGAGGUGUGAUUGUUUGGUUUCUGUAGGAAUUUUUUUAUAUGAAAUUUCUGAGUUGUUUAUGAUAAAAAGUGUGGUUUUGG